AUGAAUUUCAGAGAAGCUAGUCAAAGAGCAUGGGACUUACUUAGGCUUUCAUUACCAGGAUCUGUAUUACUAGUGGACCAGCCUUCUCUUCAAUGUCUCAAAUGGAGUCUUCCUGGAGGAAUAACUUCGAUUUUCGAAUCUGGAGCAAUGUCGUCAUUACCAUCAAGAGUGGUCAUUAUAACAUCUCAGCAUGUUGCUAAAUGUCACGUCGAAAUCAAGGAAUUCAUCCUUUCACAUCGAUUCACGGACGUGAAAUUGUUUGUUACGCUAUCUGAAGAUGCUCACUUACAAGAACUUGCAACUGACCCGUCCUUGAGUAUUGGACCAUUUGGAGGAGCGUCUACUACUCAGCCUGGUGGAUUAUCGUCACGUUGGUGGUCACAUGUAGAGAGUGUUCUUGCUGACUGGAUGUCUGAAAGCGCUGCAAGACACGAUCCGAAUUUUGCUGGAGAUUAUAUGGUGUCUAUCGAACAUUUGCCGCUAACGUGGUCGUUGCUGUCGGACUAUGUAGUGCUGUUUCCUGGUUCGAGCUUACUGUUUCCUGCUCUACCUUCUACCUCAACGCGUGCUGAGAAUCAACCAGGCUUCCAGGCAGACAUACAGCAGCUUGGAACUUCACUCAUGACCUUUCUUGAUGUAUCGCACCUACGCGAUGAGAUAUUCGCUAUUGGUGAAACAUCUCGACAGCUUGGUCGUUUUAUUGUCUCACGUUCAGCUGCAUCACCAAGAAGAGACUCUGGUAAUGGAAUUGCUGUGAUUCUGUUUGAUCGAACUCUUGAUUUGGUUUCUCCAACAAUGCACUCUGAUAAUAUACUGGAUCAAGCAUAUUCGUUGUUGCCACGAGUGACUUCUGGAUCAGUGGAUUUAUCGAUAAAUCCAGAAGCAUUGUGUGGUGAUGGAGCUAAUAGUCUAGGUCGUGCUAGUAUAGCACAUGGAAUGGAUCCAGAUUCGGUGGCUCUGAUAUCAGCGCUAGUUAUGGUGGGGCAGAGAGAUGGACUUGUAGCUGUGAGGAAGAGACUGGUAGAUUUGAUUGGUAAAGUAGUGCCAGAUGUGAAACUACCGAAGAAGCUGUUGUCCUCUUUUGUAGGCAACGAACGAGCGUUCUAUCGAUACGGAAACUUAUUACAAAUUCUGUCUGCUGCUGUGGAAUCAUUCCAAGAAUGUGCAAACUCCAAAUGGGACGAGCUGGUAUCAAUAGAAAAGACGAUCGCCCUCUCACUAUCAGAAACCGGUGAUGCCGUAUCGACCUUCCACCAGCUAAUCGAGCUCAUACCUACACCUGGACGUCCUUCCGUAUUCACCAUCCGAGACGUCCUAUGUCUCACCACAUACAUAUACGCAUUACUGGGCUCUACUAUAGAUAUCCCAGAAGACGAAGAGCUCGUGUUGAUUAGCACAUUCAUCAAAGCACUAAUACCAGCAAGUGCAACUGCUGCAGAUGACGACGAUGCAAGACUUGUCCGAAUGGAUAUCGAAACAUGGGUCACGAAUGCUUUUAGAACGUUACGGACCAUGGCAUCUGCCAGAUCGAAUCUGCAUACACCGUCCUAUCGACAUGUGCUGAAGAGUAAGAGUCCAAUACCGUAUGUUUCGUUGCUGAAACAGGUUGUGAUGGAUGUGCUGCCUGGUGUUGGAGGUGCUGCAGCAGAUCCGUUCGGCAGUGAGGGAAGCAGUAGAGCAAGUGCAGUUAGUGAGGUUGAAGAUUUGCCGCAUAUUCCAUACGGUGGUACCUUGGGAAACGUGUUUUCUGGAUUCAGGAGGCUUGUGGGAGGCGGUCGUCCACAUCCUUCUCAGUACAAGAAGAUCUUUGUGUUCGUUUCUGGAGGAAUGACGUUUUCUGAGGCUCGUGAAUUACGAGAGCUUGGUCGUGAACGUGAUGUGGAGAUUUUAAUUGGCAGUCCAAACGUAGCGACAUCAUCAGUGGUAUUCCAUCAAUUGCUGCCUAGGUUGCCUGAUGAUCUGAAACUCGCAUGA